AUGGGGCUUUCUGAGGAAGGGGAGAUUUUCGAGUAUCGGCGCUUCACUAUAACAAAAAUGGAAUACAAAAAGAUAAGGACUAUAGGAGAAGGCACCUUUGGCCAGGUCAUUCUUGCAGGAAAGGGGAGGGCUAGAUAUGCAUUAAAGAAAGUGAACAAGGAAAAGGAAGGAUUAUCUGUAACAACAAUCAGAGAGAUUCAGGCCCUACGAGAAAUGAACCAUCCAAGCAUAAUAAAAUUGAUAGAGAUGGUAGUAGAGCCAAAUGGUGAUGUUUACAUGGUGUUUCCAUACUUCCCAUACGAUCUAAACAGAUUUAUAAGAAGUAAUAGACCAACAUCUGAUGAGAUCAAGCAUAUAUUUUAUCAAAUUGUUAAAGGUGUGCAUUAUAUCCACAGCAAAGGAGUCAUGCACAGGGAUCUCAAGAGUGCAAACAUUCUUUUGGAUCACAGGCUGAAUGCUAGUAUUGCAGAUUUUGGAAUGGCAAGACAUGUAACAAAGUCAGGCAUGUAUACUCCGGGAAUGGUCACCCUAUGGUACAGGCCCCCUGAAAUACUACUAGGAUCCUCAAGCUAUACAUAUUCCGUGGAUGUUUGGUCACUGGGAUGCAUAUUGACAGAGAUGUAUCUGGGACACAUGAUAUUCCAAGGAAGUACAGAGAUCUUACAACUGGAGAUGAUCAUCCAUGCUUGUGGAUCCAUCAAUGAAAGUACUUAUCCGGGAGUUCAGAACCUUCCUGGAUUCCGCAACUUCAGGCUUCCCCAAUCUCCUCGAAGAAUAGAAGCAAUCAUUGCAAAGCAUGAUGAGUCUGCUGUUGGGUUGGUCAGUAGAAUGCUUUGUCUUGAUCCCUCAAAAAGAAUAACCAUGGACCAGAUUAUAGAGAACAAGUACUUUGACAAUGAAGUUUUCAAAGACUCUUCUGGGACAGAGUUUCAAGAUGGCUGCCAUAGAAGAGGUAAGCCCAGCCCUUGUAAAAGGAAAAAUGUCGAUUGA